GCUCCUUCUCACACAUGCAUACGUUUCGAUGAACAUAAACCCGUUCGCCGUUCAGGCACCUGAUUCGGUCGAGCAUACAUUAAGUCAUGCAAACGCAACGUGUAUCCGAUUCAACCACGGCAAAGGUCUAUUUGCCGGACACUUUAUGGCAAUGGGCAGAAUGGAUGGUUUAGUGAUGAUAUUGAGUACAGAAACAAAAGGAGUUUUGCGAAUAUUAGAAGGUGGACAUGUUAAAUCUAUCACAAGUGUUGCUUGGUCUCCGUUUAAUCGAUUUUUGGCAACGGCUUCUUUGGAUUGGAAUGUGAUCGUUUGGGACUUGAAGGAUUGCUCGAGAGCUUAUACCAUUCGAUUUGAUGCGCCUGUUGCUAGUGUACAGUUUAGCCCGGUGACCAACAAAGUUCUCGUCGUUGUUUUGCAAACACAGCAGGCUUUUCUUAUCGACCAGAGAAGGCGGGACAAUGUAUCGGAAAGCAGCGGCUCAUCGACAAAGAGAACAGAACUUGGUGUGGGAAGCGGAGAUGCCGGCAGCAUAUUGUCGGCAACAAUUUCACCAGAUGGCGAAUGUAUUGUUUUGGGAACAUCUAAAGGUGAUCUUCUGAUCAUUCAUCUUGACUCACAACAAUUGAUUCAACGCGUAAGCAGUGGAUCGAGUGGAGUGCGAGAAGUUGCAUUGGAUAAGUUAGGCAAGACGCUGGUCACCAACUCGAACGAUCGAGCGGUCAGAUUGUACAGCUUUGCAUCUACAAAGUCAGCUGCGAGCAUUGAGAAUGAUAGCAUACCAAUCCAAGUCAAUUGCACUCUGCAACACAAAUUUCAAGAUUUGAUCAAUCGGACGCCUUGGUCUGGAAUUGGAUUUAGCGGAGAUGGAGAGUAUGUGUUCGGAGGAGCAACACAUAAAGCUGCCCAUAAUAUCUACAUUUGGGAUCGUGGAGCAGGUGUUUUGGAUAAGAUUUUACAAGGUCCUCGUGACUCGCUGGUGAAUGUGGAUUGGCAUCCCAACAGACCAAUGUUGGCUUCUGUUUCACAUACGGGCGCUAUCAAUGUUUGGUUUAAUAUGCCAACUGAAAUUUGGAGUGCAUAUGCUCCCGGAUUUGAAGAAUUGGAAGAGAAUAUCGUUUAUGAAGAAAGGGAAGAUGAAUUCGAUUUAGAGGAUGAGGAAGAGGUCACCAGACGAAAGAAAGAUGAAGAGGAAGCUCAUGUGGAUAUCUUAUCGCUUGGUCCACAACAAUCUGUUCUUAAGAGGAAGAGGAGGCAACUAGCAAAUCGCAUGGAAAUUGACGGGGAGGAAAUAGCAAAAGGAAAGUCUGAAGAGAGCCCUUUUGAUGAUGAUGAUGAAGCGUUUGCGAUUCCAGUCCGGAUUUCACUCGAUGUUCCUGAUCUUGAGAUAGAUCAAGAUUGAUCAUUACGAUCAUUACUGCAAUGUAUUAACAAUUAAUAGCAUUCAACUUGUAUUAUAAUAAACCUUAAUUUAAUUAGCGUGUCG